CAAGCCUUGUGGAAACUCCAAAAUUGCAGAAGAAAUCAAUGGAGUUAGACCUAACACCAAAGAGUGCACAGCCAUUGUUUGAAGGAGAUGGUGGUGGUUACUAUAUUUGGUUAAGUUCUGAAGUUCAAGUUUUGGCUAAGACAAAUGUUGGUGCUGGUCAACUUGUUCUUGAGCCAAGAGGCUUUGCUCUUCCUCAUUAUGGAGAUUCAUCCAAAGUUGGUAUUGUUGUUGAAGGGAGUGAUGGUGUAGUUGGAAUAGUGCUUCCCAAAACUGGAAAAGAAGUUGUUUUGAAACUUAAGCAAGGAGAUGUCAUACCUGUGCCUAUUGGAUCUAUUUCGUGGUGGUUCAAUGAUGGUCACUCAAAUCUUAACAUUUUAUUUCUUGGUGAAACUUCAACAGCUCAUAUUCCAGGACAAUUCACUUAUUUUUUCUUAACUGGUCUUCAAGGACUUUUAGGAAGUUUCUCUAGUGAAUUAAUAAGCAAAGUAUACAGUUUUAAUAAAGAUGAGGUGACCAAAUUAACACAAAGCCAAAAGGGGGUUGUGAUAAUCAAGUUAGAAAAAAAUCAACCAAUACCUAAGCCACAAUUGGACCUAACUAAAGACUUUGUUUAUGACAUUGAUACCAAAGUUCCAGAAAUUAAGACCCAUAAUGGAGGAUUAGUGACAACGUUAAAUGAGAAAGAUUUUCCUUUUAUUAAGGAUGUGGGGUUGAGUGUGAUUAGAGUUAAACUUGAACCAAAUGCUACUAAGGCCCCGUCAAACCUUAUCACACCCGGGAUUCAGUUACUUUACAUUGCAAGAGGAAGUGGAAAAUUUGAAAUUGUGGGGUUGAAUGGAAAAUGUGUAUUGGAUGCUCAAGUUAAGGUUGGUGAUUUGAUUGUUGUGCCACAUUUUUUUGUAGUUGCUCAAAUUGCAGGUGAUGAAGGAAUGGAGAGCUAUUCUAUUGUGACUACAACCAAGCCUUUGUUUGAAGAGUUAGCUGGAAAGACAUCAGUCUGGGGAGCUUUAUCGCCUUUGGUGCAACAAGCGUCUUUCAACGUGGAUUCUAAGUUUCAAAAGCUUUUUAUAUCCAAGGCCACGAAAGACACAAAUCUCAUUCCUCCUACAAUUUAGUUUGAUUUGUUUUAUCAGAAUAAAUUUUUUAUGUGUGUUUUUAAUGAGUUUGUUUUAUUUGAAUGAUAAUAACAUGUUUAUGAGUGUUUUAUAAUUAUUAUGUAUGUCUUCAGUAUCUUUGAAAUCAAUAAUCAUCUAUU